AUGGGACGCCAAGAUGAAGACGAGUACGUCACCUACACCAUGGUGAUAACACCCGCAAGUGACGGCUUCCCCGCAGAUACGGCAACGAUCAAGAUCAAGAAGUUCGCAGGAGGAUCCCCACGUGAGUGGCUUCGCUGGAGCAACCAAUUUCGUCGCCUCGCCCGAAAGAAGCAGUGGAUUGAUGAGCAGAAGGCACACAACAUGGUCGCGCUUAUUGACGGCGACCUCGCAACGGAAGUCGAAGUGAUAGCUCAAGACGCAGUUGAGCACGGAAAGACUUUUGAACAGUUCUUUACGGAUGUGGGAUUACUAUCUGUCCCGCACGACUACAGUGAAGACUUGGACAACGAACUGUGGACAAUGGUGAAACGACGAGAUGAGACUGUGUUUAAAUUCUCGCAGCGACUCAGAGAAAACAUUCGGUUGUUUGCUGAGCUGCCACAGAAUGCUGAAGAAAUUCCGGAGGUUCAGCAAUGUCGCUACUUCAAGCGCGGAAUGCCCCGAGCAUGGCAAGAGAAGUUGUCUGCAGCAGGCGUCGUAUUCGACCACCUCAAUGAACUUGUCCUUUAUUUCACACGGAUCGAGAAAGACGAGCGACAGCCGAUCACCCGUGACAAGAAACCAAACACUAAAGAAUACAGCAACACGCAGAGAAAGAAUCAGCGCAGAGUACACGGGCAACGGGAAGGACAGAAGAACCGGCGAGAAGAGCCUGAGGAAAAGGCACGCAGUCAAAGAGACAAAUAUCACAAACACGACACUUGGUGUUCGUUCCACAAGACAGCUUCGCACAAUACGAGUGACUGUUAUACUUUGAAGAAAAAGCAAUCGGAGGAGAACAAGAAAAACGAAGCACGGUCGCACAAACAUCGCACACCGAACCCAAAGUACCCCCGAAUCUCAAGAAGAGUUAAUCUUGACAACGAAUCGGAGUCAGAGUCGGAUGCGGCAGGGGAAGAACAAGAGCUCAAGUUCAUUGGUUUAGUGGAAAAGGACAGAACAGUCUCCAGUGCGCCAUUACGCAUCAUGGUCAAGCUGCAUCGCAAUCAAGAUGCUAUCGAAGCCCUGCUCGACAGUGGAGCAUCGAAGAGUAUUGUCAAUGGUGCGACACUUGCUGGUAUUGUGAAGCUGGGUCGACAGAAUGUUACGACAUCCUCCACUAUCUUUGACACUAUGCGCGGCGCAGUACCAAGCAAUGGAACGGUGGUGACACAGUUCUUCUUCCCACAACUAAAGCCAGAGACAAUCAUCACGCACCAAUUCGAAGUGAUCAAGUCGAGCAGCGAUAACAUGGUUAUUGGAAGAGAUGUCAUGAACGCACUAGGCCUGGUUUUGAACUUUAAAGACAGGCUGGUGCAAUGGGACGACUGUUUGCUUCGGCUUAACACAGGGCAAGAGAAAGCGAAACGACCCAAGGUGGACAACGAAGACCUCGAGUUUCAAGACGAAAUGAAGGAAACACCCACAACUGGAGUCCAGCCAGAGACUUUCCUGCCUCAUCAUCUUGACCCUAACAUGAAGACUAAAUGCUUGGCAUUACUAGUCGAGUACAAAAGGCUUUACGACGGACAUCUCGGAAGAAUGCGCUUUCCCGACUACGAGCUGCCUAUCCAACCGGAUUACAAGCCUGUUCAUGCGAAGGCCUACCCCAUCGCGCGCAUCCAGGAAAACAAAGCCAAGGAGACCAUUCAGCGGCUUAUCAGUGCUGACGUUCUAGAGCAAAUUUAUGACGUGAAGAUGGCAUCACCCGCAUUUUUCGUCUCCAAGCCAGAUGGAUCACUGCGUCUGCUAAACGACUAUCGUGGGCUUAACAAGUAUCUACGAAGGAGUCCAUACUACGUCCCGCGCAUUAGAGAAAUCCUUAUGCGCUUGUUCAACGCAAGGUGUCUUUCAACGUUCGACGCAAACCAUGGAUACUAUGCCAGAAGACUAGCUCGAACAAGCCGCCCAUUGACAGCUUUUUGUUUGCCAUUCGGCAAAUACCAGUACAAGCGACUACCGAUGGGUAUAUCGACAGCCCCUGACGAAUACCAAGCGUGCAUGGAUUGUAUCUUUGGUGACCUGCCGUUCAUCGUGGUGUAUCUGGAUGACCUGCUAGUAUUUUCCAGUACAGACGAAGACCAUAUCUCUCAUUUGCGCAUACUCUUCGACCGCCUGCAGACCUACGGCGUUUCGCUAAAUGGAAGAAAGUGCCAUAUUUGGUGCAAGGAGGUUGAUUACCUUGGGUUUACGCUAUCGACCGAUGGAAUAAAGCCUCAAGAAAAGAAAACCCAGGCCAUUCAAAAGAUCGCAGUGCCACGCAACCGAAAAGAGCUUCGACGUUUUUUAGGCAUGAUCAACUACUACCGCGACAUGAUUCCAAACAAGACAACCGUAUGCAAGCCGCUAUAUCGGUUCACAAGCGCCAAGGUACCCUUUACAUGGCUACCCAGCGAUACGAAGGCCUUUCAAGACAUCAAGCGUGCGUUUGCAGAGGCCGUCCUGUUAGCGUUCCCUGACUUUAAGAAUCCGUUCCAUGUCUACGCGGAUGCUAGCGGAACUCAGAUCGGUGGACUGAUAAUGCAAGGCAACAAAAUUCUGGCAUGUUACUCGCGCAGUCUCACCAAGCACCAGAUCAACUAUACCACCAUGGAGCUGGAGCUCCUUUCGAUCGUUGAGCUGUUACGCGAAUACCGAACGAUGCUCCUCGGAUUUCCCGUCGUGGUCCAUACGGAUCACAAAAACUUGAUCUACCCCAAUGAGACAAGUCUUCGAGUGAAGCGAUGGAAGUUACUCCUCUCUGAGUAUCACCUGACAAUGACCUAUAUUAAAGGGGAGAAGAACAUCGGAGCAGAUGCUUUCUCACGCAUGCGAUUUGCGAACAGUAAAGGUCCAUCAAUUAACGACGAAGUCUACACGCUCAAUACGUCAUCAGAGUGCGUAAUGCAUGGUCCAGUUAUCUACCAGCACCAAGAGAAUGAUGAAAUGAUCGCAUCGAUCAAAGCAGCAUGUCUAGACGGUACCAACAACCCCGACUAUCAGCUCCAGGUUCUCUUGGGAUGUACCAUGGUUGGUUACAAACACCGAGUAAUCGUCCCUGACAGUCUUCGUGAUGACCUGAUAGACUGGUACCACACAAAUCUCGGCCAUCCAGCAAGUCAUCGACAGCAUAAAACGAUGCAAAGUACCUUCUACUGGCCGCACAUGGAAACAACGAUAAACAAGUUUGUUCGCAAAUGCAUCAAGUGCAAGCGCUCGAAGUUACACGGAGGGAAACAAGCCUACGGACUUCUACCACCACGGACCAAUAGAACCGUCAACCCAUUCGAUAUUGUACACGUUGAUCUUAUCGGACCAUACGACGGCGGCUAUUACGGGAUAACCAUGAUUGAUCAAGCUACUCGGUGGCUGGAAGUUGCUGUACAGCCAAAUAAAGAAUUGCUGACGACGGCUGAAAGUUUUGAUCGUGAGUGGCUUUGCCGCUACCCACGUCCACGACAAGUUGUCCAUGACCAAGGGUUGGAGUUUACAGGAGAAGAAUUCCAGGAACUACUGCGCAGUUACGGUUUGAAAUCAAAGCCAAUCACAGCAAAGAAUCCGCAAGCGAAUGCAAUCUGUGAGCGUGUGCAUCUGGAAAUAUUGAACGUCAUCCGUUGUCACACAGGCGCAGAGUGGAAGAAGGUCAUUCAUUACGCUGCUUUUGCAGUGCGUGCGAGCUAUCAUAGCAUACUCAAUGCAUCUCCGGGACAACUCAUUUUUGGACAAGACAUGAUUUCACGUCAACUGCACGAGGCAAAUUGGAGUUACCUGUCAAAACGGCGGUUUCGGGCUAUCCUAGCUGACAACACACGCGAAAAUACCAAACGGCUCGUGCACUUUUACCAUCCCGGCGACCACAUAAUGAUUCGAAGACCUAAACAGUUUCGCGCAAAGACUAAGGAAGUGGCAGAUGGGCCCUACCCCAUUAGCAUUGUGCAUGAAAAUGGAACUGUCACUAUUGACAAAGGCGCGACGACGCAACGACUAUCGAUUCGUCGCAUCUUCCCGUGCUAG